AGUGAUAUAGCAAAGGAAACGCUCAGCUCAACUCAUCAAUCCGAGAAGCAUCACAACCAAACCAAGAAAGCCCACGCUCCAAUUGCCCAACCAGCACCACCAAUGCGCAGAUCCAGCACAGGAGACCACCCCUCAACCUCCAUGACCACCACAACAAAAGACUCCUCCAAACCCCCCUCCAAAGGGAAAUCCAAAGAAGACGCCAACGACUCGAUCCCCGUCCCGUCCUGCUUCAUCGACACCCACGGCGUCAUAACCAGCACCAUGAACGACCUGCCCGGCUACCGCGUCGUCAAGAUCCUUGGCACCGUCUACGGCAUCACGGUCCGCUCCCGCAACUGGGGCGCGGACAUCGGGGCCUUUCUGAGGAGUAGUGUCGGAGGCGAGAUUCGGUAUUUUACUAAUUUGAUGUAUGCGAGUCGGGAUAAGGCGUUGGAGAGGAUGGUGGGGGAGUGUAUGGCGAGGGGCGGGAACGCGGUUGUUGCGUUGAGGUUUGAUCAGGCGGAGGUUAAUACGUUUUCGCAGGUUUGUGCGUAUGGGACGGCGUGUUUGGUGGAGAGGAUUGAGGAUGGGAAGAAAGAGGAGGGUGGUGGGGAGCAGACCAUUAAUUCUAUGCAGAGGUUAUGAGUAUCUUUGCUCAGGCAAACAUCUGUGAUUUGAAGUCAUUGGGACAUCUAAGUAUGUUAACACUUGCUUAGUCUAUUAAAUUCACAUACCCUGUUUCGAGCUGCUUGGCUACUU